CUUGACAGCUAGGCUGGCCUCCGCCACAGUCCUGGCGCCCGGUGUUCCCGCGCUCUCUGCUCGCGAGCCGAUUCCAGGUGCGGUGGAGGCCGGGACCGCUCGGCUUGCGCGCUUCACUGCCCGACGCGCUCCAUGCGGCCGCUCAACAUGUCGGGGCACUUUCUGCUGGCUCCCAUUCCUGAGUGCUCCUCCGACUACCUCCUACCCAAAGACAUCAAGCUAGCGGUGUUGGGAGCCGGGCGUGUAGGAAAGAGCGCAAUGAUUGUGCGCUUCCUCACCAAGAGAUUCAUUGGCGACUAUGAGCCGAAUACAGGCAAGUUGUAUUCACGUCUCGUCUAUGUGGAGGGAGACCAGCUAUCUCUGCAGAUCCAGGACACUCCUGGGGGCAUCCAGGCCCAAGACAACCUCAGCCAGGCCAUUGAUUCUCUAUCCAAGUGCGUGCAGUGGGCCGAGGGCUUUCUUCUUGUCUAUUCCAUCACAGACUAUGACAGCUACCAGUCCAUCCGGCCCCUUUAUCAGCAUAUCCGGAAGGUUCAUCCUGAUUCUAAAGCCCCUGUCAUCAUAGUGGGCAAUAAGGGGGACCUUCUGCAUGCCCGGCAGGUACAAACGCAUGAUGGUAUUCAGCUAGCCAAUGAGCUGGGCAGCCUAUUCCUUGAAAUUUCCACUAGUGAAAACUACGAAGACGUCUGUGAUGUGUUUCAGCAUCUUUGCAAAGAAGUGAGCAAGCUGCACAGCCUCAGUGGGGAGCGGAGAAGGACCUCCAUCAUCCCCCGGCCACGCUCUCCCAACAUGCAGGACCUGAAGAGACGUUUCAAGCAGGCUCUGUCUUCCAAAGUAAAAGCACCCUCCACCUUGGGGUAAAACAUCUCAGACAGACUGACGUCCUUUUUUAUUAUGCAUUUGUGCAGCUAYAAAGACUGGACCUCUCCCUUUUUAAUCACACAUUCAGAGUUUAUUUUUAUAAAGACUUUAUUGGUUUCCAAGUGUAUGUGUGUUACUAAAAAUUCAAACUGAAUGCCUAGAAGUUGGGUAGUUUUUUAAAAUAAAAGAUUUUUUUUUUUUA